ACCGAGGUCUGGAAGGACGGUAGCCUGUGCAAUACGGAGGGAUCUGCUUUUCAAAAUGGAAUUGCAGCUCGCGCUCCUUCUCGCAGGGAUAAUUGCGUUUUCCUCCUCGGCGAGAGGCCCCCCGAGGGUUGCCGAUAAAGUGAUCCACCGGCAGUCCGUGAGGCUGGGCAGGACCAUCAAGCUCCUGUGCCCGGGGGAAGGCGACCCGCCGCCUCUCACCAUGUGGAUGAAGGACGGCCGGACCAUCCACAGCGGCUGGACCCGGUUCCGAAUCCUUCAGCAAGGGCUGAAAAUCAAGGAGGUGGAAAGCGAAGACGCGGGAACGUACAUCUGCAAAGCCACCAACGGCUUCGGCAGCGCCAACGUGAACUACACCCUCAUAGUGAUUGAUGAUGCCAGCUCAGGAAAGGACAGCCAGCUGCCCGAAGGCUCCAACGGAGAAUAUGAAGAUCAUUCUGGGAAGCAGUGGGCCCGGCCCCGGUUCACGCAGCCUGCCAAGAUGAGACGGAGGGUGAUCGCCCGUCCUGUCGGGAGCUCCAUCCGCCUGAAGUGUGUGGCCAGUGGGAACCCCCGGCCUGACAUCACGUGGCUAAAGGACAAUAAGCCCCUCACGCCCCAAGAGAUUGGGGAGAACAAGAAGAAGAAGUGGACGCUGAACCUGAAGAACCUAAAGCCAGAGGACAGUGGCAAAUAUACUUGCCGAGUGUUCAACAAAGUUGGAGAAAUUAAUGCAACCUACAAAGUUGAAGUAAUCCAGAGGACGAGGUCCAAGCCCAUCCUGACGGGGACGCAUCCUGUCAACACAACGGUAGACUAUGGCGGGACCACAUCCUUCCAGUGCAAAGUCCGCAGCGAUGUCAAACCCGUCAUCCAGUGGCUGAAGAGGGUAGAGUACGGCACGGAGAGCAAGUACAACUCCACCAUUGACGUCGGGGGCCAGAAGUUUGUUGUGCUGCCCACAGGAGAGGUCUGGUCCCGUCCUGACGGCUCUUACCUGAACAAACUGAUGAUUACUCGAGCCAAGGAAGAGGAUGCAGGAAUGUACAUUUGCCUGGGGGCAAACACCAUGGGCUACAGCUUUCGCAGUGCUUUUCUAACAGUCCUGCCAGAUCCCAAGCCUCCGAGCGCUCCCGUGCCGCCCUCCUCGGCCAGCAGCCUGCCCUGGCCCGUCAUCAUCGGCAUCCCGGCCGGAGCCGUCUUCAUCUUCGGGACGAUCCUGCUGUGGCUUUGCCAGACCAAGUCUCAAGGACCGGCCCUCGCCCCGGCCAUGGCGCCCAAAAUGUACCCAAAGAUUUACACGGACAUCCACACCCACACCCACUCGCACGUGGAGGGCAAGGUCCACCAGCACCAGCACAUCCAGUACCAGUGCUAAGCGUGCGCCCGCGGACAGCAGCUCGCCCUGGGCUUUUCCUCUUGGUACCUCAGAAGAGACUGCUCCGAGUCAGCUCGCACUGC